UUCUGAUAUCCAUCUCCGUCUGCCAGCAGCCAUUGUUUUCGGAAGCUCGAGCUUCAAAACUAGCAAUGGGUUCCUCUGCUAUUGUCACUUCACUGUCUCUGAGCUUCAAACAAGUUCCUCCAACAGCUGUUCCAGCUUUUCUCGACUGUGUUCUAAGCUCCACAGGCGUAUCUCCCUCCUCCCUUUUCGAUUCUCUCAUCAAAGAGUUUCCUUUUAAUGUUGAGGAUACGAUUAGUGGCGACAAGAAGUUUGAUUCUGAUGAUUGCAACCACAUUGCUUCCUUGGUGUCUGGUCUUUGUCAUCUCCUAAAGAGUUUUGGCUUUGGUACUGAGGAUAAUCAUAAUGCGUUGCAGUUGUUUGUGUGGAGAGUGUUUAUUCCACUGAUGAAGAUGGUUCGUGCUUAUGACUUGGAUUUGCUUAACAAGAUUGUACAAUCGUUCUUUGACGUUGUGGUCGAGACUAGUGCAUUGGAUAUAUUGAGAGUUAGUUUGGUGCCUUUUUUACUGAGAUCAGUUGGUGUUUCGAUGGGAAUGAUUGGACACGAGGAAUCAGAUUUCAUUAGAUGGGGGGAGCUGUUACUUGGCGACUCUUUGAAUACGGAUAAUAUGGAUGAUAACUACAUUGCAUCUUUGUCUGAGUCAUUUCCGAUCCCACUGUCGUGUCAUCUCCUUAACUUGAUACUAAACGCUGCUUUUCAAAGUCACCAAGGAGUUUCAAAGGUGGAGAAUUUUGCAGAUGGUAUGCUUUGGGAUUUGUGUAAUACUACUGAGAGGUUUUUGUCACAAAGUGUAGAGCAUCGUUCAUGUGCUGUUAGUUUCCUCCUCCCUGCUGUUUUCAAGGCAUUCUCUUCUCAGUGUUCUUUGAAGAUCUCACUUCAAGGAAGUGUGUACAUACUUUCAAGGAAUGGCUUCAAGAAAAGGAUUUGGGAAUGCUGCAAGAAGCUGUUCUCGGUUGGGUCAAUAGAGAGAAGGGAUGCUUACAGUGUUCUCUCUUUGUGCCUUUCGUCUGGCUCUUGGACGGACGGAACAGAAAGUUAUGUCUCAGAGAAAGACGCUGUCGAGUUUGACUUUAGGUCUGAACAAGAGUUUUGGGAAGAAAUCAAGAAAGGCUUGGUUUUUGAUGAGAGCUUAGUAAGGAAGCAGUCCUUGCAUAUACUGAAAUCAGUUUUAUCCAUAAGCGAUGUGAGUAAGACGAGUUCUGAGAAGAAGCCAGAAGGGAACUCAGUUCAUCGUGCUUUGACGAAAAAGGAGAUGUGGGCUGAAAAGGAAGCCAAGUCACUUGGUGUGGGAGAAUUGUAUGGCUCUGUUGAAUCUGCUUUGACUAGUCAGCAGCAGCAGUGGCAAGCUUUUGUGCUCUUGUAUGAGAUGCUUGACGAGUACGGCACUCAUCUCGUUGAAGCAGUGUGGAGUAACCAGAUUGAUUUGUUAAUCAAAUCAUCCUUCAGAUAUGAAGAAACUCCAGGUGAAGAAGCUGAAAUAUUUAAUUGGUUAGAGGUUCUUUGGAAUCGAGGCUUUCGUCAUGAUAAUCCUCUAGUCAGGUGCACGGUCAUGGAGUCUUUUAUGGGGAUUGAGUGGAGAAGAUACAAGACAUGUACACAGUCAAUGUCCCAGACUUUCGUUCUUGGGCCUUUCAUAGAGGCUUUAAAUGAUUCUACACACCACAAGGAUUUCGGGCUGAAAGGAAUCUAUACCUCAAGAACAAUUGAAGGUGCAGCUCAAUAUGUGUGCGCGUACACAAGUUGCCUCAGCCCAAGGAAUCGGAUUGGAUUUUUGAUCAACUUGGCAUCUCUUGCAAAGAAACAGUCUUUUGGUAGAGCUGGGUUUAUGGCUCUCGCACAGUGCAUUGUUUCUACAGCAUAUGUGGUUGGGGGAUACGGGAACAAGGAAAUGGAGCAUCACGAAAAUAGAUUCUCUGGGACUCCCCUAGAACCUUCUACUGAACAUUUGAGUCAAGAUGAUAUGUCACAUAUACUGGAUGUCUUGAAGUUUGUUGCAGAGAGCAGUAGACAACACUUUAAUCAUAAAUACCGUACUCGAGUUUGCCAAAAAUUGUUGGAAACUGCUGCUUCAGUGGUGAACCCUUGUGAAGUACCUCUUGGAACACUAUUGCAGUUUGUAUCAGCAAUUCCUCGGGAGUUUACUGACCAUAAUGGUUCAUUGCGGAAAACGAUGCUAGAAUGGCUUCAGGGGUGCAACAGAAACACUUCCAACAGUCUUCUAGCGAGCCUUGAUGAGUAUCUGAAAGAAUUUGUCAAUGAUCAUGUUGAGAGUUAUGACGAUGAAGACUUGGAAGCAUGGGAAUCCCAAACAAAACGAUGGGCAAGAGUAUUUUUCCUCACAGUUAACGAUGAAGAACAUCUCUCCGAUAUCAUAAUGUUUGUGCAAAACACCGGCGUUAAUCUUUUCAAAGAGAAUAACCAUUUAGAACGAGCACCUGCGAAGCUCUUAAUCUUUAUUCUGAGUGUGCUCUCAGAGCUCCAGAACAUGGUCUCUGUUGAGGAAAAUGACAAGCAGAUCGUUGAUAGUGCUUCAGUUAUUAAUGAAAAGUUUGCUGCUGUUCUCUUAUCGAUACUGAAGCAGCUGAUUUCAUUUGCUGAUUCAUCUUGCUCAAUAUUCUGGUCUCGCACUGCUGUGGAGAAUGGUGUUCUGUCUGGUUCUAUCACAGGAAAACUAGGGGGUCCAAGUCAACGCCGGCUAUCUGUUCCUACUACAACAGCUGUACUAGAAGCCGUAACGUCAGUGAAAAUUAUUGGGCUGAUCUCGUCGUACUGUGGUCAAGUCACUAGUGGUGUUAAUGAACUCAAACUAGCGUUGGCCUUCUUUUGGAAGUUCGUCCGGCAUACACUAUCACCUCAACAUUGCAAUUCUGAGGCUGAAGCUGAGAUCUGUCUUGCAGCAUUUGAAGCUCUAGCUGCUGUACUGAAUGCAUUUGCGUCCUUGAGCUCAGCUAGAGCUUUCAACCUUUUAGAAAACGAUAAUACAUUAUUAGACAUGGUGGACGGUGAAUAUUGGUUACAAGCUUCAGUUCCUGCUUUCCUCCACAACAUCAACCAUCUUCUCACAGCAGGACUUUUGGUAAGAAGUAGAAGGGCCGUUCUGCUUAGCUGGAAGUGGCUUUGUGUGGAGUCUCUAUUAUCAGUCAUGCAUGUUCUUGAUGUCAGACGUAUUCCAGGGGAUAGAACGUCUUUCUUCUCUGAUGAUACAGUUAAAAGCCUCUUUUAUGAUAUUGUAGAGAGCCUUGAAAAUGCUGGGGAAGGUUCUGCUUUGCCUAUGCUGAAAUCUGUCAGACUUGCUUUGGGGAUACUUGCGUCUGGGAAAUCAUCUUUGGAUGGUUUCUCGGGUGUGGAUACUCAGACGAUGUGGCAGCUGGUCAAAUCGUGUUGGAUAUUGCAUAUCAGCUGCAAGAAGAGAAGGGUUGCACCCAUUGCUGCGCUUUUGUCUUCUGUGUUGCAUUCUUCUUUGUUUAGUAAUAAAGAAAUGCACGUAGCUGAAGAUGGAGAUGGUCCGCUGAAGUGGUUUGUUGAAAAAGUACUUGAGGAAGGUCAAAAAAGUCCACGCACAAUUCGUCUUGCUGCCUUGCACCUAACAGGGCUGUGGCUCAAGUACCCUAGGACGAUAAAGUACUACAUUAAAGAAUUGAAGCUUCUGACUCUCUAUGGCUCUGUUGCGUUUGAUGAGGAUUUUGAAGCUGAGUUAUCUGACAAUAGUGAUGCAAGAACUGAAGUAUCAUUACUGGCAAAAAACCCAGACCCUGAACUGACAGAAGUUUUUAUCAAUACGGAGUUAUAUGCACGUGUGUCAGUCUCUGGUCUGUUUCAGAAGCUCGCUGAUUUGGCCAAUAUGGCCGAACCAGCAUGUCAAAAUCAAGAUUAUCAGGAUUCUCUUGUGGCUGGAAAGAUGUUUCUGUUGGAGCUUCUUGAUGCAGCGGUGCAUGAUAAAGACUUGGCAAAAGAGCUUUAUAAGAAGUAUAGUGCUAUCCAUAGACGGAAAAUACGAGCCUGGCAGAUGAUAUGCAUUAUGUCGCGAUUUGUCAGCAAUGACAUUGUUGGCCAAGUCAUGGAGAGUGUGCACAUUUGCUUAUAUAGAAAUAACUUGCCUGCUGUUCGACAAUACCUGGAAACAUUUGCCAUAAACAUUUACCUGAAGUUUCCGCCAUUGGUUAAAGAGCAGUUAGUUCCUAUACUGCAAAAUUAUGACACUAAAGCUCAGCAAGCUCUCUCGUCCUAUGUCUUCAUUGCAGCCAAUGUCAUCCUCCAUGCCGAAAAGAUAGCGCAACAGACAAAUUUGAGAGAACUUCUUCCACCAAUAAUUCCAUUAUUAACUUCUCAUCACCACAGCUUAAGAGGUUUCACUCAGCUAUUAGUGCAUCGGGUGCUCUUCAGACUGUUUCCCCCCGUGGAGUCCACAUCCGCUCCAACAAUAUCGUUGGAGAAACUCUCUUUUGAGAAUUUGAAGUCUUACCUGGACAAGAAUCCUGAUUGUUCAAGAUUGCGAUCAUCAAUGGAAGGAUAUCUUGAUGCCUAUGAUCCCACCACAUCUGCCACUCCGGCUGGUGUUUUUGUCAAUCGUGUUGAGGAAAGUGAGUUCGAAUGUGUUCCAACAUGCCUCAUGGAUAACGUGAUUUCUUUUCUGAAUGAUGUUAGGGAAGAUCUUCGUGCUUCCAUGGCAAAGGACAUUGUUACCAUUAAGAAUGAAGGCUUCAAGAUCGAAGAAGAGCCCAACCGGAGGUUGAUCACUUCCACAUCAGAUGAAGAAAGACUUUCUGAACCAUCUUCGUUGGACUUCCAGAAGAAGAUCACUCUUUCUAAACAUGAGAAGCAAGAUGCUAGUUCAACUUCUGUGCUCCAAAACGGAGAAACUUACAAACGGCUCUUUGAAAUGGAGAAAGAAGACGAGCUUGUGAGUCAGCUCUUACGAUCUAGAAGCAUGGAGGUGGAGAGGUUGAAAUCUGGCCGACAGAGUUUGAUCCUUGUGGCUUCGUUAGUUGAUCGUAUUCCUAAUCUUGCUGGACUAGCCCGGACAUGCGAGAUAUUUAAAGCAUCAGGUCUUGUCGUUGGAGAUGCAAGCAUAAUACACGACAAGCAGUUCCAACUAAUCAGCGUGACUGCUGAGAAAUGGGUUCCAAUCGUUGAAGUCCCGGUGAACAGUUUGAAACUGUUCUUGGAGAAAAAGAAAAGAGAAGGGUUCUCAAUCUUGGGACUGGAGCAGACAGCUAACAGUGUUUCUCUGGACAAAUAUCAGUUCCCAAAGAAGACUGUGUUGGUGCUGGGUCGGGAAAAGGAAGGCAUACCUGUGGAUAUAAUCCAUGUACUGGACGCUUGUGUGGAGAUCCCACAACUAGGAGUUGUUAGGUCCCUCAACGUCCACGUCAGCGGCGCCAUUGCUCUCUGGGAAUACACUCGCCAACAACGCAUUCAAUAGUUUUUAUCUGACCUCCCAUCAUUUUUGCCUAAACAGUUAUAGCAUUAAAAGUCAUGACCAACGUUUUUUUUUACAUGAAAUAGAGAUGUUUAUGGCAUUUCAAUCUCUGGUUACGAUAUUUAAAAAAAAGUCCUAACACUAUACUACUCAUCUACAGUGAUGUCUGUGACAAACUGACAGUGACACUGCAUGUUAUUCGUAAUUAAUUAUGAUCUUUGAAUAUCUGC